UAUUUUAUUUUAUAGCAAACACCUGUGCUUUUGUCUGGUAACAAGGAACAAAAGAAAAAGUAUUUAGGCCGUCUUUUAGAAGAACCACUCGUAGCUGCUUAUGGUGUUACAGAACCUGGUGCUGGUUCAGAUGUAAAUGGUAUUAAAACACGUGCUGAGAAAAAAGGUGAUGAAUAUAUACUAAACGGACAAAAAAUGUGGAUUACAAAUGGUGGUGUAGCCAAUUGGUAUUUUGUUUUGGCACGCACAAAUCCCGAUCCAAAGGCAUCAGCAAGUAAAGCUUUUACAGGUUUUAUUGUUGAACGUGAUACUCCCGGUGUAACACCCGGUCGCAAGGAAUUAAAUAUGGGACAACGUGCCUCUGAUACGCGUGGCAUUACAUUUGAAGAUGUACGUGUACCUAAAGAAAAUGUUUUGAUCGGUGAAGGUGCUGGUUUCAAAAUUGCUAUGGGUACAUUCGAUAAGACACGUCCUCCAGUAGCAGCUGGCGCUGUUGGUUUGGCACAACGUUGUAUGGAUGAAGCACUUAAAUACGCUUUAGAACGCAAAGCUUUCGGUACACCAAUUGCUCAUCAUCAAGCUGUGCAAUUUAUGUUAGCUGAUAUGGCAAUUGGUGUUGAAACAUCCCGUCUUGCAUAUCGUUUAUCAGCUUGGGAAAUUGAUCAGGGUCGUCGUAAUAGUUACUAUGCUUCAAUUGCCAAAUGCCAUGCAGCCGAUGUGGCUAAUAAAAUUGCUUCCGAUGCUGUGCAAAUAUUCGGUGGUAAUGGUUUUAAUAGUGAAUACCCCGUAGAAAAAUUAAUGCGUGAUGCAAAAAUUUAUCAAAUUUAUGAAGGAACAUCACAAAUUCAACGUCUAAUCAUAUCUAGGAAUAUGUUUGAAGCCGCCAAGGAAUCAGGUUUAUAGAUAGAUAUUAGUAUUAAAAAAAAGUCAUUAAUUUUUUAAUGGAUAAUAAAUAAGUAAAUAUUUUUUAAUAAAA